UACUAAACUGCUUCAACUUUAUCAACCGAACUGAGCGUAUUUAUUUCGUAAAGUAGAAUUAUUUAUGAUGUGAAACCGCUUCUUAUAAAGCUCGACAAGUUUAUUCAAUGUCAUAAAUUCUCUACGGUUGAUUUAAUAUUGUUUCGCUAGUUUUUCUUGAUUUAUUAUCUUUUUGUUUAUUCGUCGUUUUGUAGGGCAAGUUGCGUAUGAGUUCGACUGAAUAUGAUAUCUAUAAUCGUUUAAAAUUAAAUUUGUUUCUUCAAAACUUUACAAAUAACAAUCUUAAAUUAUAAAUUUGCCAUGAUGCGGUUUGGUUUUGGUCGAUCUGCUCAUUUAGUGCAGAUUGCCAAAUUUAGUACUCAAUCAAACAAGUUUUCUGCUGAAAAAGAAAUUAACCAAGUGCUUUAUGAGAGAGGGCAGCAACUGUAUGAUACUCAUAUUCCAACAUCUUUUAUUCAAAAAUGUUUGCUUGUUUUCGGUUCUUCCAUCAUGUCCAUAUCUGAUGUUUAUCGCCAUGAUAUGAUUGCUGUGUUGGGGGAGACUACCGGCGUUUCAGCUGCGAAAAAAAUACGGGAAAAAAUGUUGAACGAUCCUGAAGGGAAGUCAAUAUUAGAUGAAAGGCCUAGAAUAAAUUCAGCGACUUUAGAUUACGAUUAUUUACGCUCACUUUCUCCGAAUACUUUAGGACGAACAUAUUUAGCUUUUCUAGAAAAUCAUCAUGUUACUCCUGAUUCUAGACGAGAAGUGACUUUUGUUGAUGAUGAUAGUAUAUCUUAUGUUAUACAAAGAUAUAGAGAAGUACAUGAUUUGAAUCAUGCUAUUCUUGGUAUGCCUACGAACAUGCUCGGUGAGGUAGCUAUAAAAUGGGUUGAGGCAAUGCAAACUGGUUUUCCUAUGUGUAUUAGUGCUGCGGUUAUUGGGCCUGUACGAUUUAAACCGAAGCAGAGACAAAAAUAUGUGAAAUCUUAUCUACCUUGGGCUAUAGAAUGUGGACAUAAAGCAAAGUUUUUAAUGAAUAUUUACUAUGAAAAGAGAUGGGAUCAAGAUUUGUUAGACUUAAAAGAAGAGCUAAAUAUACCUGAAUUUAAUUCUGAAAGUGAUUAAAAAUAAUAUUUGUGUUACAGAACCAUCUUGGAUGGUUCAUGAAAUCUCGAUUUUCUUUAAAAUUGUUUUAUUUUUCUUAAAUAUAUUGGAUUCGUUUUUGAAAUGAUUAUUUUUAUCAAAAUUAAUUAUGAAUUUCUGUGAAAAAAAAUUAUCUCUUUUUUUUAACCUUUUCCUUGCAGCUGGUACAACACAUGGACCACAUUUGAUGGUAGAGCAUGGUACACCGUAGGCAAUCAAUAUUUUGGAAAAUACAUAUAGGAUGUGAAAAUAAUUUUAAUUUAUUGGUCUCAUAAAUGCUAGUGGAUUUUAGCUUGGAAGCUGUUCCGUAUUCACCACCUUUUAUAUUUUUAAAAUCCUUGCAUAGCUGCCAACUCUACUGAAUUACUGGAUUUUGCCAGUUUAUCUUGGUCUACUGGUUUAAUUAAAAUUCUCCUGUUUUUUGCACUUUGUAGAAAAUUCCCUAAAAUUGAGUAAGUUUUCUAAAAAAAUCCCUAUAAAAUAAAAUUUUUGUAUAGAUUAUUACUUGAAUAUUCAAAUAACUAUUACUAACACAAAAUGAAGUGAACUUCAUUUAUAGAAAUCAGUUCAAAACUUUAUUUUUAUUCAGAACUCUCUUUUUAAAUUAAUUAAAAAAAAUCUUUUAAUUAAUUGAUGAAUUA